GGCGGAUGACAGUGACAGCUGCUUGUUGAUGACAUUCAAAUGUAAAUAUUGCUAUUGUAGUAAUACUAAAUGGAAUAUUGAUUAUUAAAACAGAAUAUAAGUAUCAAAUACAAUGGUAUAUAAUGGUUUAUAAGUGAGACUAGUUAAACAGUGAAUUAAACAUUAAAACCAAACACAAUGAGCAACCUGACAGCGGCAGAUGCAAGUGCUCUAACACUGGAAAUAGGCCCCUUUGAAACUGUUCAUAGAUGGAAACGAAUGCCAGAAUGUGACGAAUUUGUGGGUGCUAGGAGAAGUAAACAUACUGUGGUAGCAUAUAAAGAUGCCAUUUAUGUAUUUGGUGGAGAUAAUGGAAAGAGCAUGUUAAACGAUCUUCUGAGAUUUGAUGUUAAAGAGAAAAGCUGGGGAAGAGCUUUUGCUACUGGAUGUCCCCCAGCUCCGAGAUACCAUCACUCUGCUGUAGUCCACAACACAUCUAUGUUUGUUUUUGGAGGAUAUACUGGUGAUAUUCAUUCUAACUCUAAUCUUACAAACAAAAAUGAUUUAUUUGAGUAUAAAUUUCAUUCUGGACAAUGGAUAGAAUGGAAAUGGUUUACAGGGCAAACUCCUGUUCCAAGAUCAGCUCAUGGGGCUGCCAUUUUUGAUAACAGACUCUGGAUUUUUGCAGGAUAUGAUGGGAAUGCCAGAUUAAAUGAUAUGUGGACUAUACCACUAUUUGGUGAGGCAAAAAGUUGGGAAGAAGUUGACCAAAAAGGAGAAUGUCCACCAACUUGUUGUAACUUUCCAGUAGCAGUAGCUAGAGACUGCAUGUUUGUCUUCAGUGGUCAAAGUGGAGCAAAGAUAACUAAUUCUCUCUUUCAAUUCAGUUUUAAAGAAAAAACUUGGACACGAAUAUCUACAGAACACAUACUGCGAGGAGCUCCAGCUCCACCAGCUCGUCGGUAUGGUCACACAAUGGUGGCAUUUGACAGACACUUGUAUGUAUUUGGGGGAGCAGCUGAUUCUACUCUCUCCAAUGAUCUCCAUUGUUUUGAUUUAGACUCACAAAAAUGGUCUGUUGUUUUACCAGAUGUAGAAUCAUUUGUUCCAUCUGGUAGAUUGUUCCAUGCAGCAGCUGUGGUUGGAGAUGCUAUGUUUAUUUUUGGAGGCACUGUGGAUAAUAAUGUUAGGAGUGGGGAGAUGUACAGAUUCCAAUUUUCAAGUUAUCCAAAAUGCACCCUACAUGAAGAUUAUGGAAAAUUGCUUGAAACAAGGAUGUUCUGUGAUGUACAGUUCAUGGUAGGUCCAGAAGAACAAAAAAUAACUGGACAUGUAGCAUUAGUGGCUGCAAGAUCUGGUUAUUUAAGGAAACUGAUUAGGCAAGCAAGAGAAAACCGGGAUUUGCAUUUGGAAAGGUUAUUUGGCACUCCGAAAGUUCCAUUUACGGACAUUCCUCUAUUAGAAGUAAAAUUACCGGAUGCAGACCCCGAAGCUUUCGAAAUGGUACUCAACUAUAUUUACAUGGACUGCAUUGAUCCAACGAAACAAGCUAGAGAGGAUGAAGAUCCGUUUUCGAAUAGAAUUGUGCUCAGAAUGAUGGACGUUUAUAGGUUGGCAGUACAAUUCAACAUGGCACGAUUAGAACAUCUUUGUGUUCAGUACCUAAAUGCAACGAUAUGUUUAAAGAACGUGUUGGUAGCAUUACAUAACGCAGAUCAACUUCAGUUAGACUUCAUCAAAGAGUAUUGCUUGCGAUUUAUCGUAAAAGAAAGUAAUUACAACCAAAUAGUCAUGAGUUCAGAAUUCGAGUCCUAGAAAGAAGUCUGAUGGUGGAAAUUAUAAGAAGGAAACAAAUGCCUCAGUAUAAGCCUAACAACGACACUCAGUUUGAUACAGCUGGUGGUUCCCUGGAACAAGAUAUGGCGAUGUUUUUGAGAGUGACUGGUAAAGAAUUCUGUGAUAUAGAUCUGAAUUUGGACGGUAACCUCAUCUCUGCUCACAAAACAAUUUUGGCUGCACGCUGUGGAUACUUCGAGGCUAUGUUCAGAUCGUUUAUGCCUGCAGAUAGCAAAGUAAAUAUACAAAUCGGAGAAAUGAUUCCAUCAAAGGAAUCAUUCGAUUCCCUCCUUCGGUACAUAUAUUAUGGAGACGUCAACAUGCCACCUGAAGAUUCUCUCUAUCUCUUCUCUGCACCUUUCUUCUAUGGUUUUACCAACAAUCGCCUCCAAGCGUUUUGUAAACAGAAUCUCGAAAUGAAUGUCACUUUUGAGAACGUCAUUCAAAUUUUGGAAGCUGCGGAUAAAAUGCAAGCUACGGACAUGAAGAAAUACGCUUUGGAUUUGAUUGUUCAUCAUUUUACCAAGGUGGCAAAACUUCCAAGACUGCGCAUGCUCAGCAAAGAAUUAAUCUUAGACAUCCUGGAAGUACUCGCCGAGAGCAUGGAGUCCAAUAUGCGUAACGACGUGUCCAAUGGACUGCUCAACCUGGAUCCGUGAUUAGCAACAAAUCUAAGAGAAAUGAGCCUAACACUACGAGGAGUGUCUAUUAUUUUAUUUACUGUGAUUUCCGCUAUCAUCGAUAGAAAUUUGUUGAAUAAACUCGAAUACGAAGAAGAAGACUGAGCUGUGACCUGGACUAGAUUUUAUAAGGAGAGUUUAUUCAGAAAGAGGUAUAUAAGAAUACUAAAUGUACGUUAAUAGUAAAAUAAUUGUCGUUUUACGUCAUAGUGUCAAUGACAUUCGAAGUAAAGGGUGAUGCCAAAAAUUUCAACAAAGUUUUCCUCUAAAGUUUCUCAAAAUCUAAAAAUGGGUACUUAGUGACUUUGUUCUUAGCUAUAAGCUAAUAUAUUUAUAGCGUGGAAUUUUAUCACAUGGUCCUUGCAG